AUGGCGAAUCAAGCUGAGAGCUCUCAGGUGGUGGAGAAUCCAGAUGGUGAAGCGAACCAGCCUCUGGCCUAUAUCCAGAUCGGACAAAUUCUCUGUCCAGUGACCGGAAAUGUUAUAACUCAUUACUUCGCAGAUGGAAAAGAUAUGCUUCCGUCCUUCUACCUAUCACACUUCAAAGAGGUAGAGAUAAUUGGCAUUGGCCAUAACCCCUCGGACGAAGAAGGCUCUAGUGAGUCUGAUGCUUCUCUUCCAAUGGAUAUGGCUACGAGUUAUGAUCAUCUGAUCAGGGAGCCAACGAUAUGGGCAGACUUGAAUCACCCAAAUGUUGUUCGCUAUUAUGAGGCUUGGAUUGAGAAUAGGUUUUCUGGCAUCAGCACCACUGAUGAUUGGGAAGGGGGAGAGAUUGAUGUGUUCAAACCGUGCAUGUAUGUGCAGCUUGAACUUUGCGAAAGCUCUUUAAAAACUAGACUUAUGCCGGGCAGUGAGUGCAUGGUUUCGUGGAUUGACAAAAACGAACGCAUAAGGACUUUGGAAGACAUUUUGCACGGUUUAGCUUAUCUACACAAUAAAGGGUUGAUGCACGGUGACAUCUCCAGUGCUAACAUCCUUUAUGGUAAAGAUGGUCGUGCUAAGAUCACCGAUUUUGGACUAGCCCGACAUAUAGGUAAAGAUGUCGACUUUGACACGGAACAGACCUUGGCUAAUCCUCACGUAUUCUACCGUGCACCUGAGAGGAAGGAGGUGGGAAAGCCUUGCACCAAGUCGGAUAUUUUUAGCUUGGGGAUAUUGUUGUUUGAGAUGAUGCAACCAGCAACAACAUUUGGAGGCAGAGCAAUCGCCCUUAAUUUCUUGGCAAGCAACAAAGGUUUUCCUGAUCAUUGGAAGGACCUGCCCGCAAAGAAGUGGGUGGAGAAGAUGGUAGACCAUGAUCUUGCCUUAAGACCAUCGGUAUCCUAUUUGAAAGAGAACCUCGAACAUAUAAAGACGGACAUUCUUCAUUCCCAGGUAGCGUUUAGUGUAUAA